CAGGGUGAACUGAGCCUCAGAGUCAGAGGUGUAGAUCUACUACUAGUAGAUCUUCUACCAGCAUUUUUCGUUUCACUUGACGUUGGGUAGAUCUAUGAGUCGCACUCUGCUCCUCCGGGCGAAUUUUCUUCGUGGUAGAAGGUGGACGGAAACGGGGAAAAGAAACAGCACUGGGAUAUGCAAGUGAUGAAGCUAAAGAUGAGCACAAUGUCCUCCGCCCCACACUAGGCUACAGUAGAGACAAUCCAGACACCAUACAUCGGUUAUCGCGGCAAGUGCUCGUUGUCACGGUGCGACAGGAACGAAACUGGACGACACGAUGCAUGGAGAAAAGACGUUCUAUCUCACCGUUUGGGAUUGUCAUAGCGACUCUCCUUCGCCAGACUCCGACUCCGAGGCAUGGACAUCAUGGCAUCAGGUCACCUCCCCGACUGAUAAUGUGACUGAGCGUGAGAGCUGGCAGGGCAGCAGCGCAGCAGCACGGGCCCGGGCAGCAGUCUCUGAGCCUGGGCCCGAGUCGCAAGUAUUAGUUGCGUUACGCAAGCUUUCGGCCAUUGGCCAAGAGCGGCAGGAUGAUGAGCGCAGGGCGUACCGGAGGCUCCUGGCGGAAGGGUCAACUACGUGUCUGCUGUAUGAACCGGAUAGGCUGCUCUGCGGCCCGGGAUCGGGAGACGAUGCGUCAGGACAAGUGGAACACAGAUACUGGAAAUCAGGAGGGCCACUGGUCUGUGCUGGCUGCAUGGCUACAUCCGGGAUGGAUGAGAGUCUCAAUCUCGAAUUCUUCCGAUGCUUAGUUUGCCAGCGAAGUCCGAAUGUAGAUUUGUGUUAUCAGUGCAUGCAUUCGGAAUACCAAUUUCAAUGGACUCCUCAGUUGAGUGACUCUCAAGCAUUUGGACAAACCCUAAUGUAUCACACCAAAGACCAUGCUAUGCAGCCUCUCUACACUAUUCGACAAAUGCUCGGCUUCUACCCGCAAAAUGAAGGAAAAUGGAGACAACGAGCAGAUGGUCACAGAUACGAUUUUGAACUUCUGAUGGAGCGAGGUGAAGAGCUGCAUGCAUGCCCAGUCUGCAGCCGUUUGGGUACGCCGAAAAUCCGUGGUGACUAUGCUUUGGUUGAACACCUGUUGUUCUGCCACUCGGGCCAAUUUGAUAAUGAGGUAUUGUGCCCAUUUUGUGUGUCAGUAAACCACACACCAAGCGAGCCGAUGCAGGACUGUGACCAACUGCUGGAGCAUAUGCACCUGUGUCAUGGCGUCAAGGUUCCUCUGCAUAUAGUACCACCCCAUGCCCAAAGAAACCACCAGAUGGUUUCCAGAACUUCUAUGAAUGGCUCGAAUGACAUUACAUCUGACGAACUAGUCAUGCACCCUUGGCUGAGGUAUCCGGACAGUGAUAGCAUUAUCAGGACAGAACGCAGUCCUGGUGACUUUGAGCAAAUGCCAGCUCUGAUUGAGGACGUAGAGGCAGCUCCAGACAGGGUGUGUAGUUUGGACUCGGACACCUCGCAAGUAGGCAGGUGUGGUAAUGACACGCUCUGCUUGCCCCGUGAGAAAUGGCUGGAAACCAUGACGAAAAAGGCCGAAGACAUGGUUACACCACAGUCAAGUGCAUACUCACAGCAGACGCCUGUACCAGCCCAUGAAAGGCAGGAGAUGAUCGAGGGCAAAGCUAAUCAUUUGAGCUUGACUGCUUCGCUAACGGCACAAUCUGCUUUCUCGCCUCCUGAUCUACUCGGCGCCGCCAGCGCAGCAAGAAUUAUAAAAAGUGUACGACUGCUGAAUCAGCAGAUGCAGGCAGCUAAGAGCCAGCAAUCAUCUCCUGCCACAAGUUGUGACUUUCCUUUGGGGGAUAUCGAUGUGUCCCCUAACCCCAGACCGCUGUUAGUAGGCAUCUCCCGUCAGGAGAAGAUAGAAGCAGAACAGGAUGAUUCAAAGGCGCGCCUGAGGAGAGAGCGGGCAUCGUUUGUGCAAGAGCUUCUUCUCAGCUGUUUAGAUGAAGAAUUGAACGAGGAGAAAUUUGAACAAAUUGCAUCCACUGACUGCUAAACUCAAGUCUGCUUGUGUUGUCCGGUGCUAAUGUUUUCCUUUCGGUAGAGGCAUAACAGAAAUCAUUUACGAUUACAUGGCACAUAAGAAAUGGAGAUUGAUAAAGAAGAUUGAUAAAAGUAUUGUGAAUUCGUCCACUUGAGCACGUCUUUUGUUGCCUCUCAGAACUAGAAAUAUAUUAGAUUGUAAACUCUGGAUCCUAUUAUUGUAUUCUAGUGUGCAUGCACUCCCCUUGCCUUACCAUGACUGAAACUGAUCAUGGUUGUCAUCUGCUCAGCCUCUCAGCUCCGGGCCGUGAUUUCCUGGAGUGACCAUGCCCUCCAGUUGUCUCUCAGUUGUUCUAAAUGCGUUAUUGUGCUGUCACUAUUGUCAUGGCUGCGUGUCUGUAUUGGCUGUUCAUUCCUGCAGUGUGCAUGGCAUCAUUCCCUGGUUUGUCACGGCGCACAAAACGUACACACCUACACGUAUGUCAUUUCUUGGCUUGCCACUCCACGUAACAUGCACAUACACACAUAAUGUCAUUUGCCG